UAUAUCCCCAUCCUCUCUUGAAUGGCUACCGGCUCUCCCUCCUCUCCGUCCACUCCUUCUCCACUCCACGCGGCCGCCGCCUACGCCGAAGUGCCGCAGCCUCCUCAAAGAGCAGCAGUCAACGGAGCAAGCAGCAGCAACUCGCGGCAGCAGAAGCUACCCGUCCAUGCUCAGCUCGAUGCAGUGCUCCUCCUCGCCGGCGGGUGAGUGCUCCAACACGGCCGCAUCGAUCCACCAGCAAGCAAAGCUAGCCUCUAUCUAGCUAAUCGAGCCGCUCGAUCUGCUCUCACGUGUACUAGACCACUAGUAGUAUGUAUAUAGCUAGCUAAUCGAUCCACUCGAUUGAUUCCUAUGUGUAACAGCAGUACGUACUACGUAUGUGUGGGCGUUUGUAGCUGGGGUGUAUACAUAUACAUUUGAAUACUCAAAUACCUGGGGUGUGUACGCAUACAUUCGAAUACCUGCAAACCACAAUACCUCAGAUUUGGCACUCGGGUUAUAAGGUAUAAGCCGUGUGUAACACGUGCCAGGCAUCCGGCUUAUAGGCACUACAAGCGGUGGCCUGCCAAAUAUAAGCCGAGAAGGAGGCACUCGGCUUAUAUAUAAUAUAUAUAAACCGAGCGUUGCGGGCGGCACUCGGCUUACAUCGAUGCUGACACAUGGCCGUUAACACAUGGCUACCGUCAUGUUACUUUAUUAAACCGUGUGCCUCGCGCAAACACUCGAUUUAUAUAUAAACCGAGUUUUUUUAGCACGGCACCCGGCUUAUAUCUGUAAGCCGGUCCCCUGUAAGGCGUGUCCUAUAAACCGGGAGUUUUACUCGGCUUAUAUAUAAGCCGAGUGCAAAUCGGCAUAAGCCGAGUGUAUUAGGCACACGGCUUACAAUUUUUUUCCUGUAGUGCGUGGAGGUUGGCUCAUAUUUGGUGUUUGUUACGUGUAGGUCGGAUCUGUUUUUCACAAGAAAAGUAACAUAAAUCAUGCGGUAAAGAUAGAUCAAUUACAUAGAUCAACAGUUAAUAUAUUUUUAAUGAUGUGGAUUAACGUGGGGUCUUGCAUGGUGCUUCCAAUUAGUAAAUAUAAUAUAUAAGAUUUAUCAUAUUAUUAAUUAAAAAUUUAGCUGUAAAUAGGGCCCGCCCCAUUUUUGUCUGAGUUGCAAGUCUAUGCUCGACACACAACUGGGUCCGACCGUUUUUUGUCCUAGUUGGAAGUCCACGCUCGAGAUGCAACUGCAUGCCGACAGGGAGAUUGCAAUUAGUGGUGGGAGCAGGGUUGUCGGUAAGUUUAAUCUCCACAUUUAUAAAAUAUACGUGGUAUUUAGAAAAGUCAUGAUCAUUUUCCAAAAUUACGAAUUUUUUUACAGAGUAAGUUUUUUUUCAGUUUAGAAAAAUAAGCAUGAUCUUUUUCCAAAUUUGUGAACAUUUUUUAUUUUCAUGAUUUUUUUUAAUUUUCCGUGUUUCCUUUCAUUUUAUUUCUUUCUAUUUCCCCUUCUUUCUUCCCUUUUAUCGUUAUCUUAUUUAGCUUUUAAUUUCAGAAUUUUUUUCCUAGUUUUUUUCUUUUGGUUGUCGUUUUUCAUGGUUUACUUAAAAAUGUUCAUAGUGCAUUUUUAAAAUAUAUUCACCAUGUUUUAAAAUGUACAUCACAUAUUUUUUUAGAAAAUUUCAAAGCAUUAAAUAUAUGUUCACCGUGUUUUAAAAUGUACUAACCAUCUUAUAUGAAAUGUUUGUUGCAUUUUGAGAAUAUUUCAUGAUGUUAUACAAGUUUUUCGUCAUGUGUUUAAAAAAUGGUCACCACAUUUAAAAAAUGUAUAUUGCAUAGUAAGAAAAGUGCUCAUUUUUUACAUUAUAAAAAUGUUCACAAUUAUUUUUCUAGAACUAUUCACAUAAUCUUAGAAAAACUAUUCACCUCGUUCUACAAUUAAUUCACCAAUUUUUUUUAAAGAAAAAUGCUUACUUUGUCACUCAAGUAUUUGUUAUACCAUGUUAAGUCAUCCCUAGUAUUGAACGUGUGUGUCCAUUGAGAAAAUAAGUCAACACUAGUACAUUGCUGACUCAAAAUCCAGUAGCCCGUGAACGUGUGUAGUACAUUUGAGAAGAUGUCUGUAUUUCAUUAAAUGCCAGUAGCCAGCGACAGGACAAUACAGAUUUAGCCAUUAAUUAUUGAUAAUAAAGAAAUAACAUAAAAUUUGAUGAAAGAUUUCAUCCAGAUGUAACAAGACGACAACAGAUUGACGAACUACCGUCCACUGUUGAAUGCUUUCACUUGAACGGAUGGACACGUGUUUCGACCUCAUCUUCUCAGUAUGGGAACAGGAAGCCGGCGUUCGUCUCCAGCCCGGCAGGGAUCUCCGGCAACGGAGGCAUCGCCAUAAGCAACUGCUGUACCGCUACCCCCAUCUCGCCGUCGAACCCUGGCUGCUGAGGAAUCGCCAUCUGCAUCUUCUCCAUAUCCAUCCCCGCGGCGAACCCCUGCGGCGGAGGCAUCUCCUGAAUAUCCAUCCCGGCAGCUGCAUCACCAUCUGAUGCUACAUAUUCAUCCCGGGGGCAAACCACUGAGGCGGAGGCUGCUUUGCCAUCACCAUCUCCUGGCUCCUGCUACUACCGAACUCAAAAGUACUGCCACCGAAGAGCUGCCAUUGCCUCGAGGAGAACCUUGGCGUGUUCGGAGACGAUGUCCUUCACCUUCAUCGGGUGGACCCAAGCCGCUAUCUGGUCCCCCAUGUCGCGCUCCUUCGCCAUGACCUCCUGCUUGUGCUCCGUUCGCUUCUUCACCUUGAUAGCAAGCAAUGGUGGCCAAGAGGAAGGGUCGCGACGGCCGGUAGAAGACCGUCCCCCACCGGAUCAUCAAGGAGGACGCCCGGCAUGUGUGCUUCUCCGAGCGUUUCCGGGGGAUAUUCAACAAGGCCAGCGAGCAGGCCCUGCUCACUAGCGCCCAGGUGGCCAUUGUCGGCUUAAUGCCCGGCGGCAAGGCCUUCUCCUUCGGCGAUUCAUCAAUAGACGUUGUCGUCAACCACUUCAGGGUGGGGGACGGCGCUGCCGACAACAACUGGUUGCAAACGUUGCGCCGGCAGCAUGGCGAGGUGCGCACAGAGCUGGCGGAGCGGAAGAAGCGGAUGAAGAGUGCGGACGAGGCCCUGCUUCAGGAACACGCUGUGGGGACCACACGGCAGCGUGGGUCGAACUCGAUGUGAGCAACAUGGGGUAUGAGGACACGGCGGUGUUCGCCACAGUGCUCAUCCAGGAGCAGGCCGCCGGACGCACCAACCAGGUUCUCAUGGAGGUCUUUCAUGUCCACAUCAGCCGUAACCUCCAGGUGCCCCCGCCGCUGCCGCCAGCCCAGCUCUUGGGUACCCCGGCUUAUCAACCAGAUGGCGAUGCAUCCAGCACAGGUGUUCGCUGCCGGCACGAAGAUGCAGAUGGUGAUACUGCCGCCGCCGGGAUGCACAUGGCGGCACUGGUUCUCCGCCGGGAUGGAGAUAGAGCUGAUGCUGAUGGCCAUGCUGCCGACGGUGCCGGAGUUCCCCGCCAGGAUGGACAUGUCCCAGCAGUAGCUCGGGCGAAUCACGGCUUCCCCUACUGAGGAGAAGAAGACAUGGACGUGGAUCAAUCAUUUAGUUCGUGGUCACAGUGAUAUCCAAAAAAAAUCGUGCAGGUUCCAUGGAAGAUCUAUGCAUUAGUUGGUUCAAUUAUCGUAGUAGUACUGUAUUAGUUCUAAUGUUUUUUUUCAUGCUAAGUACAUGCCUUUUCAUAGUUCAAAUCUUUCAAUUUUUUCAUGCUUAAGUUCGUGACUUUUCAGUUGUUCAGAUGCAUGUUUUUCAUGCACAAGUUCAUGAUUUUCAGCUGUUCGGGUCUUGCUUUUUUUCAUGCUCAGGUUCAUGAUUUUUAGUUGUUCA